CCGGCUUUCCCGAUCCCGGCUUUCCCGAUCCCCACCAUGCUCCGCUGCCGGCUCCAAAGGGCUUCCCAACUUCCCAACCUGGAAAAGCGGGAUAAACAAAGCGAUCCCGUGGCCAGCCUGACAUUCCGAGGUGUCAAGAAGAGGACAAAGGUCAUCAAGAACAAUGUGAAUCCUGUCUGGAAUGAGGGAUUCGAGUGGGAUCUGAAGGGAAUCCCUCUGGAUCCUGAUGCCGAGCUCACCGUGGUGGUCAAGGACCAUGAAACCGUGGGGAGAAACAGGUUUUUGGGAGAAUCCCGGGUGCCGCUCCGGGAUGUUCUGGGCACUCCCAGCCUGGCAGCCUCGUUCAACCUCCCCCUGCUGGACUCGCGCAAGGAGAGCACCGGGGCCUCCCUGUUCCUGCAGGUGUCCUACAUCCCCCCUCCGGGCGCUAUCCCGCUUUUCCCUCCUCCGGCCCCUCCGGAGCCGGCCCCGGCUGCAGCCGAGCUGGACACGGUCACCGAGACGGGCGGAGAGGAGGACACGGAAGAUCCGGAGGCCACGGGGGACACGGAGCCCUCGGCGUCCUCGGGAGCACCGGGCUCGGAGCCGCCCUCGCUCCCAAGGAAACCGUCCGGGAAUCACAUCCAGGGGGUGAAGAGGAGGAGGAGGAGCUCUCCCAAAAAACCUUUAUCCAACAAACCACAGGACUUCCAGAUCCGGGUGAGGGUCAUCGAGGCCCGGCAGCUUCCCGGGAUCCAGAUCCGGCCGGUGGUGAAGGUGACGGUGGCCGGACAAACCCGGAGAACGCGGAUCCGGAAAGGGAACAGCCCCUUCUUCGAUGAGACUUUUUUCUUCAACGUCUUUGAGUCCCCAUCGGAGCUGUUCGAUGCUCCCAUUUUCCUCACGGUCGUGGAUUCUCGGUCGUUCCGCACGGAUUCAGUGAUCGGGGAAUUCCGGAUGGAUGUGGAGACCGUUUACUCCGAGCCAAAACACGCUUUCCGCAGGAAGUGGCUGCUCCUCUCGGAUCCGGAGGAUUUUUCCGCGGGAGCCAAGGGCUACUUGAAGGUCAGCGCCUGCGUGCUGGGGCCUGGAGACGAAGCUCCCCUGGAGAAGAAGGAGGUGUCCGAGGACAAGGAGGACAUCGAGGCCAACCUGCUGCGCCCCACCGGGGUCACCCUCCGGGGCGCCCAGUUCUGCCUCAAGAUCUACAAAGCCGAGGAUUUGCCCCAGAUGGAUGACGCCGUCAUGGACAACGUCCGGCAGAUCUUCGGCUUUGAGAGCAACAAGAAAAACCUGGUGGAUCCCUUUGUGGAAGUCAGCUUUGCCGGGAAAACGCUCUGCUCCCGCAUCCUGGAGAAAAACGCCAACCCCCAGUGGAACCAGUGCCUGACGCUGCCGGCCAUGUUCCCUUCCAUGUGCGAGCGGAUGAGGAUCCGUGUGAUGGACUGGGACCGCCUGACACACAACGAUGUCGUCGGCACCGCUUUCCUCGGAAUGUCCAAGAUUUCGGCCCCCGGCGGGGAGCUGGAGGGUAAGGGCAGGAAGCAGGCCGGGAUUUGGGAUGCAUGGCCUUGGAGGAGCUGCAUGGCAUGGCUGGAGGUUGGUGGUGGCUCUGGGGAUGUCACAGCUGUCACCGUCCCUGCUUGGGGACAAAGGGUCCUGUGGUCACUUCAAGCUGUGCUGCAUUUCCAGAUUGGAUCCAACCCCUCUGGAUUCUUGGGAUGUGGUGGAUUCUUGGGAAUGGGGGACAGAAGCUGCAGGUCCAUGGCAUGGCUGGAGGUUGGUGGUGGCUUUGGGGACGUCACAGCUGUCACCGUCCCCACCUGGGGACACGGGAUGGGGUCCUGUGGCCACUCUGAGCUGUGUUCACUUUCCGGAUGGAUCCAACCCCUCUGGAUUCUUGGGAUGUGGUGGAUUCUCGGGAAUGGGGAAAAGGAGUUGCAGGUCCAUGGUAUGGGUGGAAGUUGGUGGUGGGGGGACACGGAGCCCUCGGCGUCCUCGGGAGCACCGGGCUCGGAGCCGCCCUCGCUCCCAAGGAAACCGUCCGGGAAUCACAUCCAGGGGGUGAAGAGGAGGAGGAGGAGCUCUCCCAAAAAACCUUUAUCCAACAAACCACAGGACUUCCAGAUCCGGGUGAGGGUCAUCGAGGCCCGGCAGCUUCCCGGGAUCCAGAUCCGGCCGGUGGUGAAGGUGACGGUGGCCGGACAAACCCGGAGAACGCGGAUCCGGAAAGGGAACAGCCCCUUCUUCGAUGAGACUUUUUUCUUCAACGUCUUUGAGUCCCCAUCGGAGCUGUUCGAUGCUCCCAUUUUCCUCACGGUCGUGGAUUCUCGGUCGUUCCGCACGGAUUCAGUGAUCGGGGAAUUCCGGAUGGAUGUGGAGACCGUUUACUCCGAGCCAAAACACGCUUUCCGCAGGAAGUGGCUGCUCCUCUCGGAUCCGGAGGAUUUUUCCGCGGGAGCCAAGGGCUACUUGAAGGUCAGCGCCUGCGUGCUGGGGCCUGGAGACGAAGCUCCCCUGGAGAAGAAGGAGGUGUCCGAGGACAAGGAGGACAUCGAGGCCAACCUGCUGCGCCCCACCGGGGUCACCCUCCGGGGCGCCCAGUUCUGCCUCAAGAUCUACAAAGCCGAGGAUUUGCCCCAGAUGGAUGACGCCGUCAUGGACAACGUCCGGCAGAUCUUCGGCUUUGAGAGCAACAAGAAAAACCUGGUGGAUCCCUUUGUGGAAGUCAGCUUUGCCGGGAAAACGCUCUGCUCCCGCAUCCUGGAGAAAAACGCCAACCCCCAGUGGAACCAGUGCCUGACGCUGCCGGCCAUGUUCCCUUCCAUGUGCGAGCGGAUGAGGAUCCGUGUGAUGGACUGGGACCGCCUGACACACAACGAUGUCGUCGGCACCGCUUUCCUCGGAAUGUCCAAGAUUUCGGCCCCCGGCGGGGAGCUGGAGGAUGAGUUUCCUGCUCCUGUGAAGCCUCUGAAACCCUCGGACCUGGAUGAUGGGCUGGGAUUCCUGCCGACCUUCGGGCCCUGCUACAUCAACCUGUACGGCAGCCCCCGGGAAUUCACCGGAUUUCCUGAUCCCUACGAGACGCUCAAUUUGGGAAAGGGCGAGGGGGUCGCGUAUCGGGGCCGGAUCCUGGUGGAGCUGGAGACCAAACUGGUGGAGCACAUGGAGCAGAAGGUGGAGGAGAUUCCUGCCGAUGACAUCCUGAGGGUGGAGGCUGUCACUACUAUUACCUGCCCUGGGGGAACGUGAAGCCCGUGGUGGUGCUCUCCUCCUACUGGGAGGACAUCGGCCACCGCAUGGACGCCCAGAACCUGCUGCUCCACGCGGCUGAGCGGCUGGAAGCCAACCUGGAGAAGAUCCAUGUGGCCCUGAAAUCCAACUGCUCUCCGGUCGAGCUGGAGGCCCUGGGGUCCCAACUGCUCGAUGACGUCAUUGCCGACUGCAGCCUGAAGCUUCCCGAUGUCCUGGGGAGAGCGUCCAGCACCCACCUGGAUCAGAACCUGUUCCGCUUCCGGAGCACCCACCUGGAACAGAUCCUCAAGGUGGCCCUGAGGCUCAAGCAUGAGAAUUCCAGCCUUUCCCAAAUCCUGGAUCAGGCGGAGGAUUGGCUGUGCCGGCUCCGGGCCAUGGCGGAGGAGCCCCAGAACAGCCUCCCGGACAUUGUCAUCUGGAUGCUCCAGGGGUACAAACGUGUGGCCUUUGCCCGCAUCCCGGCCCACCAGGUCCUGUAUUCCCGGAACAUCCCCAACUGCUGCGGCCGGAACUGCGGGAAGCUCCAGACCAUCUUCCUCAAGUACCCACAGGAGGAGACAAUGGGGCCACGGAUCCCGGCGCAGAUCCGGGUGCGGCUCUGGUUCGGAUUGGCCGUGGAUGAGAAGGAAUUCAACCAAUUUGCCGAGGGAAAACUCUCCGUCUUCGCUGAAACUUAUGAGAACCAGACCAAGCUGGCGCUGGUGGGGAACUGGGGCACCACCGGCCUCACUUAUCCCAAAUAUUCCGAUGUCACCGGCCGGAUCAAGCUUCCCAAGGACAGCUUCCGGCCUUCCGCAGGAUGGACCUGGGCUGGGGAUUGGUUCAUCUGUCCAGAAAAGACGCUGUUGCACGAUGUGGAUGCUGGGCACCUGAGCUUCGUGGAGGAGGUGUUUGAGAACCAGGUCCGGCUCCCCGGAGGGCAGUGGAUCCACAUGACUGAUUCCUACACGGAUGUGAACGGGGAGAAGGUCCUGCCCAAGGAUGAGAUCGAGUGUCCUCCAGGCUGGAAGUGGGAAGAUGUGGAAUGGGACACGGAUCUCAACAGGGCUGUGGAUGAGAAAGGCUGGGAAUACGGGAUCACGAUCCCGCCGGAGCGCAAGCCCAAGGCCUGGGUGCCGGCGGAGAAGAUGUUCCACACCAACCGGCGCCGGCGCUGGGUGCGGCUCCGCCGGCGCGACCUGGAGCACAUGGGAGCCGGGAGAAAGCACAAGCAGGAGGAGCUGGAUGGGGAUGGUUGGGAAUACGCUUCCCUCUUUGGCUGGCGCUUCCACCUCCAGCAGCGCCGCUCUGACGCCUUCCGCCGGCGCCGCUGGAGACGCCGGAUGGAGCCUCUGGAACGCACCGGCCCCGCCGCUGUCUUUGCCUUGGAAGGGGCUCUGGGAGGAGUGACCGAUGACAAGAGCGACGACGGAAAAUCCGAUGGAAAAUCCGCAUCCACCCUGAGUUUCGGAGUGAACAGACCCACGAUCUCCUGCAUUUUUGACUCCGGGAACAGAUUCCACCUGCGCUGUUACCUGUACCAGGCACGGGAUCUCAUUGCCAUGGACAAGGACAGCUUCUCCGAUCCCUACGCCAUCGUGUCCUUCCUGCACCAGAGCCAGAAGACAGUGGUGGAGAAGAACACCCUGAAUCCCACCUGGGAUCAGACCCUGAUCUUCUACGAGAUCGAGAUUUUCGGGAAUUCUCAGGAUGUGGCUGAGUCCCCUCCUAACAUCCUGGUGGAAAUCUAUGACCACGACACCUAUGGCGCGGAUGAAUUCAUGGGACGCUGCAUCUGCCGGCCCAGCCUGGAGCGCUCGCCCCGGCUCUCCUGGUACCCCGUCCUCAAAUCCGGCCGGAAUGUCGGGGAGCUCCUGGCCGCCUUCGAGCUGAUCCAGAGGGAAAAGCCGGCUGUUCAUCACAUCCCUGGAUUUGAGGUAAUUCCCAACUCCUCCUUUCUGGAUGAGUCCGCGGAUUCCGACCUUCCCUACCCGCCGCCGCAGCGGGAGCCCAACGUUUACAUGGUCCCGCAGGGAAUCAAGCCCGUCCUGCAGCGCACGGCCAUCGAGAUCCUGGCCUGGGGGCUGAGGAACCUCAAGAGCUUCCAGCUGGCCAGCGUGACCUCGCCCAGCCUGCUGGUGGAGUGCGGCGGGCAGCGCGUCCAGUCCGGCGUCAUCAAGAACGUCAAGAAGAACCCCAACUUCGAUGUCUGCGUGCUCUUCAUGGAAGUGUUCUUUCCCUUGGGGCUGCAGAGGAUUCCGUGGGAGGAGGAAUUCAUCGACUGGUGGAGCAAAUUUUAUGCUUCCACGGGAGAGAGGGAAAAAUGUGGAUAUUACUUGGAAAAGGGAUUUGACACCUUGAAGGUCUAUGAGACGGAGCUGGAAAACAUUGAGGAAUUUGAGCAUCUCUCCGACUUCUGCCACACCUUCAAACUGUUCCGGGGGAGAUCCCAGGAUUCCAGCGAUGACCCCUCGGUGGUGGGGGAAUUCAAGGGUUCCUUCAGGAUUUACCCUCUUCCCGACGAUCCCCGCGUUCCGAUGCCUCCCCGGCAAUUCCAGCAGCUCCCAGCCAGGGGACUCCAGGAAUGUCUGGUCCGGGUUUACAUCAUCCGCGCCUUCGACCUCCAGCCAAAGGAUUCCAAUGGAAAGUGUGAUCCCUACGUGAAGAUUUCCGUGGGAAAGAAAUCCAUAAAUGACCAGGAAAAUUACCUUCCCUGCACUCUGGAGCCUGUCUUUGGGAAGAUGUUUGAGCUGAGCUGCACCCUGCCCCUGGAGAAGGACCUCAAGGUCACCCUCUACGACUACGACCUCCUGUCCAAGGACGAGAAGAUCGGCGAGACCGUCAUCGACCUGGAGAAUCGCUUCCUGUCCAAAUACGGCGCCCGCUGCGGCCUGCCCCAGACCUACUGCGUCUCCGGCCCCAACCAGUGGCGAGAUCAACUCCGCCCUUCCCAGCUGCUCCACCUCUUCUCCCUGCAGCACAACUACAAAGCUCCCACCUACAAAUCCGACCGGAUCAUCUUCCGGGAUCAGGAAUACGUCCUCUCAGAGCUGGAGGAUGGAAAACCCCCGAAUCCACACCUGGGCCCGGUGGAGGAGCGGCUCGCCCUGGCUGCCCUCCGGAAGCAGGGAUUGGUUCCGGAGCACGUGGAGACGCGGCGCCUUUACAGCCCCCUCCAGCCGGACAUCGAGCAGGGAAAGCUCCAGAUGUGGGUGGAUCUGUUUCCCAAAUCCCUGGGACAUCCCGGCCCCCCUUUCAACGUCACUCCACGCAAAGCCAAGAGGUUCUACCUGCGCUGUAUCGUUUGGAACGCCAAGGAUGUGAUCCUGGACGACCUCAGCAUCACCGGGGAGAAGAUGAGCGACAUCUACGUCAAAGGGAGGAAUUACUACCGGGACACCCUUGGAGGGGAACACUUCUGGAGCUUGGACAAGACGGAAAACAAGAUCCCACCCCAGCUGAUCCUCCAGAUCUGGGACAACGACAAGUUCUCCUUCGAUGACUAUUUGGGAUCCAUCCAGAUGGAUCUCAACAGGAUGCCCAAGCCUGCCAAGACGGCGGAAAAGUGUUCCUUGGAUCUUGUGGAUGAUUCCCUGUCCUCCGGCCGCUCCGUGUCCCUCUUCGAGCAGAAAACCGUCAAGGGCUGGUGGCCCUGCUUGGCCGAGCAGAACCAGCAGAAGAUCCUGGCGGGCAAGCUGGAGAUGACUUUGGAAAUUGUGGCAGAGCAGGAGCACGAGGAGCGUCCAGCCGGGAUGGGACGGGAUGAGCCCAACAUGAACCCCAGACUGGAGGAUCCCAAGCGUCCGGAGACCUCCUUCCUGUGGUUCACGUCCCCGUACAAGACCCUGAAGUUCAUCCUGUGGCGCCGCUACAAGUGGGUGCUGAUCCUGGCCAUCCUCCUCUUCAUCCUGCUGCUUUUCCUGGGAAUCUUCGUCUAUGCCUUCCCGGUACGGAGUGGCAGGGAUUGGCCGAGGUCUGAGGGGUGGUGGAAUCAGGGGGAUGGAAAAUUCCGUGCUGAGGAACACAAUGGGAUCCAGCUGUGCCAGAGUGAGUCUGGAAUUCCCUGA